AUGCCCAAUCAAAACGAAGAUAUCCUUGUCCCAUGUGCUCGAAAUCCUUUACCCGAAGUGAACAUCGUAUCCGACACGAGCGCAGCCAGAAGCCAUUUUCUUGUCGAUACUGUCGUCGAAAAUACGCCCGCCGACCCCGCCCUAGGAACGGAUGAUAUAGUGGAAGGGUCGCCUUCAUCUUCCAGCCCAGAGAUCACAUCGCCACCCCAACCUGCUUCGUCAAAUCAAAGCCACUGUGGCAUCCUGACAGCACCUCCUGCCGCAUUACCUACCCCCCAGCCUUGCUUAGAUACGAUUCUAAUCGAUGAAUUAACCUCCAUUGGUGGCCAAAAUGACCAGAGAGAAACUUCCCAGCAAUUCCUGCCUGAUACUUCCACGGCGGCCAAAGAGUAUGAUAUGUUUGAGAAAACACUUCAAGCCUCCGAGCUGAAUCCCUCGCAGCCAUGGAGCGCAAUCCCCGGGUCCACGGCUGUCCCGUCUGCGGCUGUGAUUCAAAAUUGCGUGCGUGGGUAUUUCGAGCGAUUCCACAUCCAUUAUGUCCUCUUUCACCCACAUACCUUAAACCUCAACCAGAUGGCGAGCCCUCUCAUCCUCGUCAUAUGCGCAAUCGGGGCACUGUAUCGACUGGACCGUAAACUAUCGGCAUUCUUAAUUUGCAUGGCAGAGAGAGCUCUUGAUAUGCUCUGCGUAAAGAGAGAUGGCGGCGCAGCGACUCCAUCAUUCGAAGCGAACGCUACCAGGUCGUCGACCAGGCAAACCACGACCUCCCCGAAACCCCUUUGGGAGCUGCAGACACGAGUCUUGCUUGUGUUUGUCGCUGCGAUUGGUGGACAAUCAGCGUUUAGUCGAAAGGCGAUCGAUGGGAUUGGUUGUAAGUCUUUUCAAUCCUAUACUACAGUGCACGCUGACAAGCUUGAAUAUCGCAUCUUAGCAUCCUAUCUAUAUCGUGAUUCAUGGCAGGCUUAUGUGUCUUGGAAUCAAUGGAUCGAAAGAGAAUCCAAAAAGCGGGUUCUUCAUGCAAUCCUUAUGAUUAGUGAUAUUCUAUACACCGCCUUUCGCGUUCCUCCCGUUAUUUCCAUCGCCCAGGAAUAUGAUGUCGAUCUACCAGAUGAUGAUGAACUAUGGCAUGCACCAACAGAGCUUGACUGGAUGCUCAUCACGCAAGCUAGAACACGAGAUCCACUGCCAAGUGUGCGAAGUGCAGUUUCCCAGAUAUUGCACGGAGGAUCUCCAGAAAUAGGGCUCGUGUCGGAUCAGUUGUCGCCGUGUGCUGUGGCUGUCAUCAUGCAUGCCAUAUCCAUACACACAUGGCACCUGAUACAGAGUGCCCAAACGUUGACAGGAUUUGGGCUAAACCCGCAUCCUGCCGAGGGCGUUCAAGACUUGCUCACCUCACGGAUUGAGACAGCUCUUUCGCGAUGUUACGUAAUGAUUUCUAAUGCCCGAGCUGUGAAUGAAUCGACAUGGAAUGAGACCGAAGGUCCCAUUUUAUUCAAUAGCCUGACCAUGCUCCGGGGGAUCCACAUCCGGGUACUCACUGGUGUAGGUGGGCUUGACCGUAUGGUCUUGCUGAGUGAUGACGAGGAAGAUAUGGCGGCGGCGGUUAAAGACUAUGUUGCUCAAAAUUCGAAGUGGCACGCAGCUUCCGCAAAGACCGCUUGUGUGACCUUCGACGGUAUUAUGACGAUUCUCAAAUCUGACGCAUUCCUGUUGCGCAAAACUGCUGCUUUCAACUGGGGCGUCGAGCAUGCCCUGGUUGGCAUUGAUUGUGAACGUGACCUAACCCUAGCGCCAGCAAUAUUCAUAAGCAGUUGCAUCCAGAAAAUCCAACUCCGCCAAAAGCGACACGAGGAUGCUAAUCCUGCAGAAUCAGAGCUUCUGAAGACGGCAACAGACCUUUUGGUGGACAUGGAGCAUGUUUCCGACGAACAAGAGUCACUUUCUGCAGGCAUACUACGAAUGUGGAAGCAGUUCUACGACGAUAUAUGGGUCUGGGGAGUUACACCCCGGAUUGCUCGGUUGUUUGAGAAACUCGCAUGCGCUUAUGAUUUACAACUCGCUUCGGUUGGUGAUGCCGAUUGA